AUGAUUCAAGAAAGAGAGUUAACAGAUGGAAAGAAAAUAGAAACAUUAGAAAUAAGUCAGUCAAAUUCACCAAGUUCAAUAAAACAACCAACCACCAGUAAAAAAUCUAAACAUAAUCCAUCCGUAGUGAAGAAACAACAUCGAGAACGGACGACAAAUGGAAAUACUGAGAAGAAAAAGGAUGAAAAGAUGAAUGGUCUUGUUGAAACUGUCGGUUCAUUGUCCAAUAAAGAUUUUACUGUGGAUGUCAUUGAACAAGAAGACAAAAAAUUAUUGAAAACAAUUCUUCUUCAACAACAACAACAUGAAGAAAUCAAUAGACAACAAUUAUUAUUGAAAGAAUUGACUGAAACACAACCGAAAUGUUAUCCAUAUUUUGAAUUCCUACCAAUAAGUUUAACUCCGAAUAGCAAACAGUCAGAACCUCCAUCUUUGACCAGUAUAGGUAAGUUCACAAGCUCAUUAUUAUCUCCAGUAUUAUACCUGAUCAUUAACAAGAAAUUGUAA